CUAAAUUGAAACUCAGUUUAGAAACCAGUCUUGCUUCAUAUUCAUCUUCGUUCAUCUUGCGUCUUUCACAGUUUCUUUCAACUUCAUCAUCUUCACCAUCGUUUUGCUUCUUUCAAAUUCAUCAUAUUUCAUCAAAGAAGACAUGGAAUUGUCGAAAUUGAAGCGACUGCUGGCGAGUUUCAUCCUCGGAUCGAUAGCACCUCCGGUGAUAAUACUUACCUACGCGAGUGGAACCUCGGUUCUUCACCCCAUUGUCAACUUCCUUCGUGCCACGGUUCAUAGAGGGUUAUCUUGUUUCUCUAUGGGGGCUCUUGAUGUUGGGGGCUGGAAAGAUGCAACAAUCGAGUUCGUAGUCUGGGUUCUUGGCCUUCUUUGUAGGUGGGGUAACACAACUGGUUCUCGGCCUCGCCAUAUCAGAGCUUGCUCUUCAACUGGUUGUUCUCCUGUUUCUGCCAGUGUAUUUCAUAGCUUUUGUGAGAGGGAACUUAGGCGGGAUCCUUUUAAGAUCAACAAGUGGCUUUUAGGCGUCUUUAUCUUGUGUGUAGCGGCUGCUGCGACCGCGAUGGAGGUUUUGACAAAGAGGGUUUAUGACGCCACAUAAGAAGGGGAUAACGGUUUUGUGGAUAGUGUUGUUUGAGAAUAAGUGACAGUCCACGAUUUACAACAAUACAAUUUGAUAAAAAGUGGUAAUCAUCGACAUCGGCAUUGCAACUAUAUUAAGUGCGUGAUCAUAGGAAUAUCUUUGGCGUGUACAUAUUGUGAAGUUUGAGAUUCUAACAACUAUUAGAGUGUGUCAAGCUCAAUCAAUACCACAUGUAAAUGUGGAGGACCAUUCAUAUAUAGUAAUUAGUUGAUGCGGACAUCGAUCCUACAAUCUAAACCGUUGAACCAGAUCCUGUACCACAUCCUGUACCAGAAGUACGAGAAGGCUCUAUGACAUGAUCUAAGGCUAAACAGCUAAGGAAGAGGUUUAACCUAGCCGUUCAAGACAUUGUAAGCUCCCUAGAGCUGAAGGACGUCGACUGGUUUGUACCACCAUCAUGCCACCAUAACGAAUAUGAUCACAUUGCCGAGGAAAAGCUUGCUGAAGCCUUCACCCAAAUGAGCCUUGAUCAAACCAGUUCCCCAGGUAUGAAACCUCUUUUGGCAGGUCAAGGAACCUCAAGAAUCCAAGAGAAAACAUUGGAGCUGCUAGAGACGUGUGAUACAAGUUACACCCUUGAAAGCGAUCAAGAUAGUGAAGAUCAAGACCAA